CUACUGAAAAAAGGGAUUAAACGUCAAUUUCUACAUGAAAAAUCCACCAACCCCUCGCUAGUAGCAGCCUCCUCUCUCCAUCUCCCUCACCAACUACUCAGUAAUCCGGAGUCUACUGCAAAAUCUUCAAAUUCCUUCCUCUCUUAAUGGAAUCAACCAGUCUCUCUUUAUCAGGUAUUGGAAUGAAUAACGGAGGAGGAGGAGGAAUGGGAACAAAUUCAACAUUAAUAUGUGCUCCAAUAAUGGGGAAAACAAUUGAUGAGAUGUUUAUUGAUAUGGCUAAAGCUAAAGAAAUUGGAGUUGAUAUUGUUGAGAUUCGAUUAGAUUACUUAUCCAUUUUCCAUCCUCGUAAAGAUCUUCAAAUCCUAAUUCAAAAUUGUACCAUGUUGACUCUUUUCACAUACAGACCCAAAUGGGAAGGUGGUGAGUUUGAAGGUCAUGAUAGCAUUCGGCUCGAGGCACUUAAAUAUGCCAUGGAACUGGGAGCUGAUUAUAUUGAUGUUGAGCUUCAGGUUGCGCAUGAGUUUAUUAGUUCGUUAGAUGAGAAGACGCGUGGAAAGUCUAAAAUUAUUGUUUCUUCUCAUAACUAUCAUGCCACUCCUUCAGUUGAGGAAAUAGGCGAUCUUGUGGCCAGAAUACAAUCUACUGGUGCUGACAUAGUGAAGAUUGCAACAACUGCUGUGGAUGUCACAGAUGUUGCUCGCAUGUUUCAAAUUAUAGUGCAUUCCCAAGUAAGCCAUGUUCCAUUUAUAGGGUUGGUAAUGACUGAAAGGGGUUUGAUCUCACGGUUACUUUGUCCUAAAUAUGGUGGAUAUCUCACUUUUGGUACUCUUGAAGAGGGAGUAGUAUCAGCUCCUGGGCAACCAACAAUCAAGGAUUUGUUGGAUAAAUACAACCUCAGACACAUAGGUCCUGAUACAAAAGUAUUUGGAAUUAUCGGGAAGCCUGUGGGUCAUAGCAAAAGCCCUCUUUUGUUUAAUAAAGCCUUUAAGUCUGUUGGUUUUAAUGGAGUUUAUGUGCCCUUUCUGGUGGAUGACCUUGCAAAGUUUUUGGCUACAUAUGCAUCUGCUGAUUUUGCUGGAUUCAGUUGUACGAUUCCACACAAGGAAGCCGCACUUCAAUGCUGUGAUGAGGUCGAUCCAAUUGCCAAGUUAAUAGGAGCUGUUAAUACCAUUGUCAGGAGACCAAGUGAUGGGAAGUUAAUUGGUUACAACACGGACUAUAUUGGUGCUAUUUCUGCCAUAGAAGAUGGGAUGAGAGGUUCAAAUAAAAUUUACCAGGGAACUGGUUCACCCUUAGCAGGCAAAUUGUUUGUAGUCAUUGGAGCAGGUGGUGCAGGUAAGGCCCUUGCUUAUGGUGCAAAGGAAAAGGGAGCAAGAGUUGUGAUAGCCAACCGCACUUAUGAGCGAGCCAGAGAACUAGCAGAUUUGGUCGGAGGAGAAGCAGUUACUCUUGCUCAAUUGGAAACUUUCCGUCCAGAGGAUGGAAUGAUUCUUGCAAAUACGACAUCGAUAGGGAUGCAGCCGAAAAUUGAAGAAACACCCAUACCAAAGCAUGCCCUAGGUGCUUAUGCACUGGUUUUUGAUGCCGUUUACACACCAAAAGUGACAAGACUCUUGCUGGAAGCAGAAGAAUCCGGAGCGACAGUAGUUACUGGGGUAGAGAUGUUCAUCGGGCAGGCAUAUGAACAAUAUGAAAGGUUCACUGGUUUGCCAGCGCCUAAGGAACUCUUUAGGGAAACCAUGUCUAAACUGUAAUUAGCAUGGUGAUGAUUGUUCUCGAGUUCUAAUGUAAUUGAAAACCGAAGGUAUUUAUCAAGCCCCUUAUUUUUUCCGAGAUCUUGACUGCCUUUUGCUUGGUGGUUUGUGUUGUUGGAAAGGAAAAUCAUUCUAAUAGCUAAGAAACAAGGGAAAAAACAUUCAACUCCCUUAUUAAAAACAUCAAUGUGUUGUUACUUGGUUGGUCCGUCAAUGUUGUUUCAUUACAAAACGUCCAGCUUCACGAUUUUGUAUUUGAUUGGGCGAAUAUGUUUAGAGAGCAAGUCUAUUGUAAGCUUUUGUUUUUGUAAUAUCGAAUAAGUUCUGGAAGCUUUUGUAUUUGACUGGGCAAAUUUGCUGGAAGCUUUGGUAGUGAGUCAGAGAUGUAAUAUUUAAAAAGUUCUGAAUUUUGCUAAAUGUCAUGGGCAUUGAAAGAGUUGUGGUUGUAAAAUGAAUGAAGUAAAAAUUCUUCCCAUUCUGUUUGAUUACA